CCCCUCUCCCCCCGUUGCAGGGCCGCAGCUCCCCCGGUCCCCACCCCCAGGCCCUUCCCUCCGCCUUUAGCCCUUCUGUAGGGCUCGGCUGCGGCUUCUUCCUCCCCCAGCCCCCAUCCCGGUGGUCUCCCGGGCAAACAGAGUCCUUGGCCAGGCUCUGGAGAGGUUCAGUUGGGCAAAUUGAAGAUCCCAGUGCUGGUGCCUUAAAAGUAUACAUUAUUUUCAGUUAAACCCUUGUGCCUUCCUUUUGUAGCAAUGCGUAUAAGGGGCGUGCUGUAAUGUAGUCACCUGACAAACUGCUCCUUGGUUCCCCAAAGGAAUUGCCUUCAGGAUCUGACUAACUCUGGAUGCACCCGGUUGUCACCUUAAUUUCUCCUUUAGGUUGUUUAAAACAACCCACUUGGGUGACAUUUGUUUUUGUUCUUAAGAAUUGGGUCUAAGAGGUUUCUGUUUUCUUAUGCUGAUGUUUAUAAUGAAAGUGCGAAAGUGAUUUUUGCUGUUGCAGGGAUCAGUAUGUGGAGCCUACAGACUGUUCCCAGAAUGGGUGCUCUGGGGUGCGUGCUGCACUCCGAGAUUGAGCUCUGGGCCAUACUUUCAAAAUAUAACACUGCCUUAUUUGAUUGUAAAAAAGGAGCUCUCCUGGGGGUAGGGGAUUUUGAAAGGAUAUCAGAACCACUACUGUGGCAUGUGGCUGAAUUGGACACACAUUAAGCUGAUCAGGCUGAACAGAUAGGCUGAAUUUGUUGCUGGAUGGCCAGGUGUUGCAGGAGGAAAGCUAGUCUAGAGAAAACUUACUCUUGCUGUUGCUUCUCAUCUAAAAUGGCACCCUUCCAAAUGGCUGCUUCCAGGGGAAAUUGACUCUUUUUGAGAUUUAAUUAAAUGUUUCAGUGAGGAAGUUGAACCGUCACAGUAAAUUGUUGCCAGUCCUGGUGCUGAUUUCAGAAAGAGAAAAAGAAUGAACGUCUUUUCUUUAAGUAUGCCUGUUUCACCCAAGAGUAGAUGUAGCAGCUUUAGCAGACUCUGAUAUACCACAGAAAAUGGAAUUUUCCACUAAGUAAGAACGAUGAACCAUGUGAGCUUUGCAAAACUGAAUGUGGCGGUUGGAGGAGGGAGCUGAGAGAUAGGAAGCAUUCGUUUUACGACUGUAUCCUUGAAGAAGAACUGAAAGACUGAUAAAAGGGAACAUCCUGUCCCAGAAGACUCGGAAAAGCUGGGUGACACAAUGUGAAGUCAGUCAAAUCUUCAGUAACUGGGGGAAAGGUAAAGACGGCAGGGGGAGAUCAUGACCACCAACUCAAUUCAGGACUGAAAAGACUUGCUCCCUCCCUCCUCCUGUAAGGAGCAUGCAUGCUAAUUUACAUAGUUAGUAAGGCUAAUUAAAGUGUAGCUAACCAAUAGAAGAUGAUUACCAACCAAUGAGUAUGAAUUUAGGUGGGUUUUUACUAACAUGUAACAAGAUAAAUACCUUGUAGUUUCCUUGUGCUGUGCGCUAGCUUUGUGGACUUACCACCUAGCACCCAUCUUCACACAAAUAUGAAUAAAACACCUCCAGCUCUGUGUGUAUCUUGGCAUGUUGCACACCAGGUAAAUGAUCCCACUUUUGGGAAAACACCUUCAGUUUGGAAUUGGUUCCUUAUGCCCAUUGGGACAUUAAGGAGGAAAAGCUGGUGGACAGAGAAAGCGAUAGAGGAGAGCCACCCAGUGAAAAUACAGGAGAGAAGGGGUUAUGCAUUAAGGGAAAGCCACUACAUAAAAAAUUGGUGCUAGCUAAAAAUUUAUUAAGAAUUUGGGACCUGCAGAUACAGCUGCACCUGUGUGUGCUGCAGUCACGCCUGUUGCCACUGAGCGUGAUGGAGAGCGCUUCUUUAUUGAAUGCAGUAUGUUCAAGCAUGCACUGUUGCCUGGAGGAAGAGCAAAGACUUCCAUUGUGUGGAACUUCAGAUCUGUGGCUCAUGUGGCGUGCCAGAUCCAGCGUAAGGUUAAAAAAAAAAAUCAACUGUGGCAAGCCAGGUACUCAUCUGGAGACAUUGGCUCUUCAGGGACAUCUCUGAGCAGAGCAUUGUGUGCAUCGGGCUGGGGCUAACAGCCAGGUGUCUUAGCUGAGAGUGCUGCAGGGAGGGAGAAUAUGCCUGUAAUGUGUCUGUGUCAGCUGCCUCCCCAGACAGCAGUUUUAGUAGUGGGAGUUUGACGUAUGUUCUCAGCUCUUACGUCAGCAGUGACAGCAUGGCAGAGCCAGCGGGCUGGUUUUUCAGCUGGAAGAGGAGGAGUGGACUGCAAAUGUGCCCAGGUAAAUAAGAGCUGAUCUGCUGUAGAUGUGGAUCAUACCAGCGUAGGUGUUGCAGCUGCAGCAAUAGUGGAUCCCGGAGCAUCUGGAGAAGAUAGAAUUUUUCUUCACGGAAGCAAUACUGUCAAAAGCUGUUUGAUGCCAGAAGUUAGGACAAACUGUUUGGAACUUCUCAGUUGGCCCUCAGAAUACCUGGCACGCUAAUUGUGAUAUAUGUUGGGCAGGGCCGGGACUCACCUUGGCACUUGCAACGCUUGCAGACCAGACAUCCUGCACACUGAGCCAGGACCUGAAUCUGAUGGGGCUGUUGGUAACCUGAAGCUUGGGAAGACUUCUGGAUUUUUCUGCUGUUCCACAUGAAUUUUUACCUUAUGAAGUGUGUCUUUUCAAUGGGUAGACUUAGAGCGAGUCGUGGUUUAACAUCUCCAGGCUUGGGUGUUCCUGUUCCAUCUUUGCCUACCGAGCAGGUGCUCUGUAGGAGAAAGGACAUAAAUCUUAACCAUGGGACUCAGACUCUCAACUGCAUACUGCUGUGAAGAAACUCAGAUAAGAGAAUGAACUUAGUAACAGAUAAACAAAGCUAUUACAAAAUUGAUUACUGAAGGCACUUUUUGUCAGUGCCAACUCAUUAGAAGUUCAUACAGAUUGUGGCACUAGACAGUUCCCAUCUAUAAUGUGACUAUACAGCAUUGUAAAAGAAAAAAGUUUCAUAGCUUUGGAGAAAGCACAACGCAAAAAUACGCGGUUAACUGUUGGUACCUGGACCCUGAACGAACCACGGACUACUUGACAGUGAGGGCCCAAGGUUAUCUCGUGAUGGCUGCACCAGCAGAAGUUCCCUUGUAGAAGACAGGCGGCGCCCUCCCACUGGCUUUGCUAAAACCUCUGCAGCAGGCAGUGUCCUACAAGAACCAAGUUACCAAAUUGAUGUGUGGCUUUCCCUUAAGCCCCUCACCCCUGGCUUUCCAGAUUCCGACCACACUGCCAACGCUGUGUGUGCAGUGCUAGGUGCCAGCUGCCAUGUUCUACCUAUAUUUUAAAAUCAGUGAUUCAGGACUUUGGGCACAGAAGCACUGAGAACGGGUUAGCAGGUGCUUAAAAGAUUUGCUUGCUCAUUCUGUUGAGCCCCAUCAAAUUCUUCAGGAACUCCAGAAUUCAAACUAUUUUCCACAGGAUCACUUAAAGCAGGAAAUACCUGCUCAGGGAACUUCUCUCUACCUUUUAUAUGUUAAAGUGACUUUAAAACAGCAGAAGGUGGAGCAGCAUCCCGCUGGGAGGGAGAAUGGGACUUAUCUCAGCUAUUUCCAGUGGUCCCAGAUGACUGAUGGGUGUGGGAUUCUUGGCCUGCAGGUGGAGGCCAGUGGGGAACUGCAGUUCUUAGUCACUCACUGCCAUCAGUCAGGCCGUCCUGGCUUUGCAGACCAUGUGGAAAGACUUUCAAAUCGAAGGUGUGGCUGUGGCUCUGGAACUGCGAGAUGGGUGAAAUAUCUUAGGCUUGAAACUGUUUUUCUACAGAGCGGUGCGCUCAGAUCUGAACGCUUUGUCUUGGCCACUUUAUUAGAUCUCUGCUUUAAAGGUCAUUUUGGAGAAUUCCUUCUCCUGCAUCUUGAUGUGUCAAGCUAAAGACAAACCUCUACUGAAGCAGUGUCUGAUCUGAUGCGUGCUUCAGUACAGGGUUAUUCUUUGACAAUUACAGAAACACCAGGCCAAUCAGCCCUUUCAGCAACAGUUGAUUUGCCUCUCAUCUUAAGGAAGACUCUCCUAAUUCAGGUCCCUGAAGUGGCACAUCCUAGAAGAGUUACUUCAGCCAGCAAGGGGCAGCUGUGCCUCAUGGCUGGGGUAACUCACGGCUCUGACUCUCAGAUCACGAUGAAAGGUGACCCCAACUCACUGGUGGAGGAAGCUGAGCGAUCGUCUACUUUAACCUUUGCCUUCGUGGCUGGCAACCUCGUAGCCUUUGCUCUGAGAAGGUCUUGAGUGCUGUAACCCCCAGUCCCAGAACAUGUCCCCAGACCAGGUUUAGACAGUAUUGAUGCUGUGAAAACAGCUAGAAUUGACUAAAACAAAUUUAAAGACUAGAAAUUAUGACUAUUCUGCUUCAGCUUUGGACAACUUAGCUUUAGAUUUUCGUACAGAGAAUGAGAUGCAUUAGCAAGAGAUUCUUCUGUGCUUUGGACAACAUGAAGAUGUGUGGUUUACAUAUGCGUCAUAAUGGACUGUAAAUUAUUUAAUUAUGUUACAAAAUUAUUUCAAAAUGUCUUAAAAAUUUUACUUGGGUUCUGGACCAAAAAAAGUGUUUAAAAUUCUUAUCAACUUCCAUCAGAGACCUGCUGAGUGCACCAGAGUUACUCAUUUUUAUUCAGACUUUCAGGGUUUAGUUCAGUUCAUUUCUGUUCAGCGCUCAGAUUGCCAUGUUAACUGAUACCAGUUUUUUUUUUAAAAUGUUUCUCAGUUAACCUUUUUUGAAAUGAAAGGACUUUAAUGGAGUUUAGAACUAUGAGGAUUUUUUCCAGGGAUUGUUUUGUUUUAAAGUUUUGCUUUUUUUUUUCCCAUUCCUUAAACAAGAGCCAUUCAAAUUCUGACCAGCUCUUGAAGUCUGCUCAGGGAUAUGGAAGGCAACGAGCAAAAUGUUGAGCUGCUUGGGCGCUCGAAAGAGCUAAAUCUGAGGGGGUUUCUUUUUUUCCCCUACGGUGGUGGAUGUAGCAAUGUUGCAUUAUACAGAUGUCUCUCACUUCCUAGGGAAAAGAAGUGCCAUGAAUUCUUUCUGAUUUGUAUUUGAAUGCCUCUGCUCAGCAAAGCAGUGGUCCUUAAUUGCCAUCUAUUUGAGCUCAUGCAAACUGAAGAAACCAUGCUUGAAAUUGAAUUUAACUAUCAAUGAUAUUGGUGACGCCUUUGGGAAAAUGUUUCUAGUCAAACUUCUACGUGAAGGAGCACCGGUAAUUUUUAGAAGUAGGUGCAGGGGAAUCUGUAUGACACAAGGUCUGUUUUUGAAGGUGCUAAAGGUCAAAAGUGAAUAGUCACAUGGAUACUGAAGAAGGGAAGAAAACCUUGCACUUAACCACUGUUUUUAUUCCCUUUGUCAAGCAGUCAAAAAACCAAUAACUAAUAUGAGAACCCAACUUCUCCUCUCUUUAUUUUAGAUUUGGGAAAAUUCCCUGCCAAAAAAAAUAUCCUGGAAAAAUCACUAGUGUUUGUGUGAGUAAAAGGUUCCAACCUUUUAUUAUUAAUUUGUAAGAACUAUUUCAUUCAGUUUUGUCCAAAAGACUCAGAAAUACUUUGCACAGAAAUGUGCAGCAUUUUAAUGAAAGGGGUCAGAAUCACUUUAAUUUGUACUUUAUCUGGUCUGGUUGCAGGUUUUAUGGCUUUUAGUGUCUUUCAAAAAUUAAGAAUGAAAAUAUCUGACUUCACAUUAAAAAACAAAAACUGCUUGUGGCUAACUAAGAUCAGUUUCAGCUCUGGCGGCACCAAAAAAUCAUCAGCUGUUGAAUUGGACCUAAGCCAUCUUUUCAAACCUUCCAUGAUCUUGCAGCAAUGGAUAAUGAUGGAUAUAUGGAUUAGGGAACAGCACGUGAUGGCAAAUUUGUAGUAUUUGCUCUGAUGUAAAAAAAACCAAAUUAGUUCCCAAAUUCAAAAUAGUUCAAAAUUGUUGGUAUCAUGCAGCCAUGCCACUUGCCAAGUGAGCAUUUCCCUGCCUCUCACAGCUUGCUGUAUCCUCGAUCCACCGUCUUCCUGCUGUUAAUUGAUUGCAACUCUAUGUGUCUGAUCAGGGCUAAAAGUUGUUCUCGAUAUGGAUAUCAUACAACAUAUACUGUGCACGCCUGUGUGUAUAGAUAUGUUUGUACUGUAUGCAUGUACAUACGUAUGCAUAUCUGUGUGCUGGCCCCAAAAUCACUCGUGUUAUAAAGCAUCAGCCUUGAAGGCAUCUUCAUCAAAAUAUUAUGUAGAUCUUUCAUUUUUGCCAGUUCCCUCCAAAUGAGACACUUUUUAUGCAGUCUUUUGUGGCAACUAGCCAAAAUUUCUGAUUUUUACUAUCACUCUCGCUGACUUUAUUAUCACUCACUCUUGGUGUGUGUAUAAACACAUAUGUGUAUGUAUAUACAUAUUUGUGUAUUUAUACGCACAAGUAUGUUUUUGCUGUACAGGUAAUAAAGACGGGGGAAGGUUUUUGUGUUUUCUUAAUAGGUGAAGAAAUCUUGAAGACCAGAAAUUGCAAGUUACUGAAUUUUAAAUUAAAAAAAAAAAAAAAAAAUUGUCCGGCUGUGGAAGAUGGAUCCUCAUUUUUGCAGCCACUUUGAAUCACAAGUUCAUCUUUAAAUGCCCUGGGUUUUUUUGUUGGUGGUUUUUUUUUGGUUUUUUUUUGAAGAGCUAACUAACCCUGGCUGUCUCCAGUCUGACAGUAUUCAAAUGGACUUGCUUCCUCCAUUAGUUGUAAGAUGUUUAAAAGCACAUCCUAUGGUUGAAUUGUGGAUGAGAGGUUCCCUUGGCAAUGUGAGGAGGAAAAUUCUUUCUACCCCUUUAUUAUUAAUUCACGGAUUCAGUGUUGGUUCGGCCUACAGGAGAAGUUAACUGGAAGUCUUUGAAGAUCAGUAUCUUUGCUGAAGUUGUCCAGGGUUACUUUUAAAAAGAAGAUUUCACUGAUCAAGCCAGUAGAAGACUUUCAGUCCAAGAAAGAGUGAAUCAAACUCUUGCCAAGAGUUGAGGAAGACCCUUUGAGUGAACCCUUUGAACCUGAGCUUGUUCUAAGAAUUUGUCUGCUAUGUCUAACCAAGGAGAUGACUGCUACUUCUAUUUCUAUUCCACAUGUAACAAGGGAGACAGCUGUUCCUUCCGCCACUGUGAAGCUGCUCUGGGGAAUGAAACAGUCUGCACGCUCUGGCAGGAGGGCCGCUGUUUCAGGAAUAUCUGCAGAUUCAGACACAUGGAAAUCAAUAAAAAACGCAGCGAGAUUCCUUGCUACUGGGAGAAUCAGCCAGGAGGCUGUCAAAAAUCCAACUGUGCUUUUCAUCACACAAAAGGACGUUAUGUUGAUGGACUCUUCUUACCACCAAGCAAAACUACGCUUCCAAGUCCACCUGAGUCUGCAGAAGAGGAUGUGAAAAUGGCUCAGUUGUCACUGCAGCAAAACAAGCUUUCUGUCCAGUCAAAUCCCUCUCCUCAGAUGAGGGGGGUGAUGAAAGUGGAAAACUCUGAAAAUGUCCCAAGUCCUACACAUCCUCCAGUUGUAAUCAAUGCUGCAGAUGACGAUGAAGACGACGAUGACCAGCUUUCUGAAGAAGGAGAUGAAACUAAAACACCUGUCCAACAACCAGGUACAGAAGCCCAUAACGGAUUGCGGCUAAUUUCCACUAGGAAAUCCAAUGCUACUACAAAACAAGAUGACAGUUUAAAUUUUGGAAUAAAAACACUUGAAGAAAUCAAAUUGAAGAAACUAAAGGAAAAAGCAAAAAAACAAGAAGGUCCUUCAGGAGAUCCCGUUCAUCCGCCCCAAUCUCGGACUGUUCCUGUGCCAGAAAAGGAAAACGUACGGACAGUAGUGAGGACUGUGACUCUGUCGACAAAGCAAGGGGAGGAGCCUGUGGUUCAACUGAAUCUUGCCGACAGACUGGGGAAACGGAAAACCUCCAUAGCUGGUAAAAGCGUCCUUCCACUAAAGCGCAACCUUGCUGAAAGGCUGGGGAAGAAGAUAGAGACUCUGGAGAAUGCCGACAAAGCACCAAAGAGAGUUCAAGUCCCCAAGUCUCUGAAGGAGAGGCUAGGAUUGCCCUCUGAACAGACCAGUACAGAGACAGAGAAGGCUGCUAAGCCAACAGGAGAGAUUCAUGUAAAAACACUGGAGGAAAUUCGUCUUGAGAGAGCUAAUCAGAGACGAGGAGAACCUCAAGCAAAACCCCAGACUGAAGGACAUUGCAAAACAGAAGAUUCCAGCUUGGGGGCAAGGCCUUCCCCUGCAGUUCGCAUCAAAACUUUCCCAGGAGCCCUGGCUGGAAAAAAACACAAGCAACUGGAAGAAGAGAAGCAAAAACCAGAUGAGUUUCCUACCAAGACAAAAGUUGAGAGCGAGCCCAAGAAGCAGAGCAUACUUGCUCCGUCUGUGCCCGGCAAAGUGCAGCUGGCAGAGCCAGCAGGUAAAGCCAAGCCAGCAGGAGAAGUGCGAAUUAAAACCUUGGAAGAAAUCAAGCAGGAGAAAGCUCUGCGGAUGCAACAGAGCGGAGAAAAUGUGCCGGCUCCACCGGCACAACCCGAACCUGCCCCGACAGGGAGGAGAUUGUUACGGAUCACAAAGCUAAUAGCACCUGGAAGAGAAGAAAAGAAGAUAGUGGAAUUGAGCAAGCCUUCUCCCAAAGCUGUCUCUGCACCUGCAGAGCCUUCUGAUCAGAGUGCAGCUAAUUCUAAAGUUCAAGUGAAGAGCCUUGAAGAAAUAAUGAGGGAGAAGCGGCAACUGAAACACCAAGAAGAGAAGCUUCAGAAGGAAGCAGCUGCUGUGCCAUCUCCUGUUGAAAACGCAAUCAAGGAUAAAACUCCAGCAUCAGGGAGUCCUGAAUCCACCGUGGUUUCAGGGUCAGCUUAUCAACCUGCAAAGAGGUUAUUGGUGAAAUCUCCAGAAGAUGGGGUUGAAGGCCCAGGAAAGGAUGUUGCUGUCUCACCAGGGAAACAGGCAGCUCAGCUGCUGGAACGGAAAGCUAAAACCAAAUCUAAAGUGUGCCUGAAGCCUUUGGAUGGGAGAGCCACUUCCCCCACAAAGCAGACCCUGAAACGUAAGGCAGCUGAGAGUCAUCCCUCUGCUGUGGCAGCUGUGAAACCAUUGAGCAGCGCUGGUGGUGACAUGAAGGAGCCUUCAGCUAAAAAAGCAGCUGUGGCCCUUGUUCCUGCUUUGCCAGAGGACAGCCUGGUCUCCAUACCUGGGAGCGAAAAACCCAAAACCAGUCUGGAACUGCACAUUGGAAGCCCUGCGGACUCUGUGGCACAGUCUGAGGUCUCAAGCUCAACUUCUUCACAAGUAGCAGUAAAGACGUGCCGGUUGAGCUCCACAGGGUCUGGAAAAACACCCUUAUCUGUAGAAGAUGACUUUGAGAAGCUUAUUUGGGAAAUCUCAGGAGGCAAACUGGAAGCAGAAAUCGACCUGGACCCAGGGAAGGAUGAGGAUGACCUCCUCCUGGAACUUUCUGAAAUGAUUGACAGCUGAACUGCAUAGUCUUAAGGUUUAAAAAAAAAAAAAAUUUAAAACUUUAUAUUUUGUUGGAUACCUGAGGUGAUCAUUUCCUAGCUGAGGUUUUGCAGUGACUCUUAAAGCACAGUUGAACUGGUAGAAAUUGGCACUAUCUGCACUCAGUUGUCCUAAAUUUCCCUGCUGGUCAGAGUCAAGGUCCCGUGCAUCCAUUCUGUAACUAUCAGUGGCUACCUUCGACAUUCAGAGGACAAAGCACUUGUUUAUGUUGGGACAGAGAGAUGCCCGUCUACGAUCCGUGGUGGUUGUGAACUGAUCUACUGCUUCUGUGGUGCGCUAAAGGCUUAAACUAAAAGCUUCAUCCUUCCUUCCCCCCCCUUGGCAAAACUCAACAUUCGGCGUGUUUCAAAGCUUUGGUAUUCAGUUUUCUCAGACAGUUGAUAUCUAAAGCCUGGAGUUACUAUGUCAACUCUUGAAUUUUAUUUAUGUUUGCUGUCAUUUUGACUUUAAUCUUUUAGGGUAACUUAAUGAAGAUGUUGGGGUGGGGGGGAGCAGAACAAUUACUCCAGUAUUUUGGACCAAACGUGCUGCCAAGGGUGGUGGUUGGGGUCAGUCCAUCCAGCCUUACUUUGAAUUAUCAGGGAUGAUGUCAGCAUGAAAAGCAGCAGCUCUGGAAUACCCCCCUCCUGUUUUGGUGUACUGUACCAAAGCUUGGGGGGGGUUCGGUGCUUUCUGCUGAUGUGAACAGGAUUCUGGGGUGCGUAGUCAGGAUUCCUCUCAUAGGAUGUGGUCAAUUGGCAAACUAAGAAUUGGUUUAAGUGCCUCUUGGUUCCAAGAAUCCUUCCCCUGAGCUGCCGGCUCGUCUUCUGCCGGGAAGCGGCGGCUGCUCGGACUCGUGUUCAAACACUGUCGGCUUUGUCUGACCUCCCAGCAGCCGUGCGGCUCCCUCGUGGGCACCGACCCAAGGCGGGGAGUGUGUGCCUGGGAUCUCGGAACCUGGUACUGCUGCAGGACCAGCCGCGCUCUCCCUGUGGCUGUGCCCCGGGGAGCCUCCCUUCGGCCUGCCCCGCGCCCCCGCCCCACCACCGAGGCUUGAGCUCCCUGUAGGUGUAGGCGCUGGAGGCAGGACUGGAGCUUACUGGUGUGUCUCAGGUGUCUACGUGCGGUCUGAAUGUGUGACCCUGCAGAAAACAGCUGAUGUUGGGGUGUAUUACGUUGGGGUGUAUUGCGUACCCUGCCACCAGUGAUCAUUUUCCCUAGCAGAUAUAUUUUGAAUUAUUUUCUUAAAUUUCUGAAGAGUAGCCGCUCCCUACCAUGACUUGUGAAGCUGUAGGGGCCCUCAGGCGUUUGCUGCUGGCAGAGAAAAAAAAAAAAGGCUUUUUUUUUUUUUGAGUUGAUUGUAAAUACUUUCUCUUUGGAAGAAAACACUUGUGUGCUUUGAUAAUCCACUGUGAUGUCUUAGUUCCUAGAGGAAAGGUUUGAAACCAAAAGGUAGAAAACUGCCGUUCCGGCUCCAGAAGAGUCUGCUGAAGGACUUUCUCACAGUGAGACUUUGGCUGACGGCGGUCGCUUGCUCACGUGUGGGCGGGAGUGACUUUGGGAGGGAGGAAGAGUGUGAGGGAGCCUGGCAGUGAGGAAGGCUUCCCCUUGCUGCUUCCCUCCUCCUGCUCUGCCGUCAGCCUUCACCACCCCUGGACCAGGCUCUGCCCGUGGAGACGGGAUUUGCUGUAUGCCAUGGUUUUUGUAAAUAUUUUAUUCUCCCAUUUUAUAUUUGUAUUCUAUUUAAGGUAUUGUAUUAAAUGUAGUCUGGCCUCCUCUGCCUUCACCGGUAGUUGAACUGUUCCACCUGACAGCAGUUAACAGUGUUUUUAAAUAAACCUGGCAUAGGAAA